GUGACGUAAGAGGCUUAUUCUGCUCUCCUUUUUCCAGCCUCCAAACCAGCGCUUGUUUAAUUGACAGAUAAGGACGAGUGCGUUUGAUUGACAGAUGAGGACGAGCGUGUGUGCGCUGUGUGCGCUCCUGCUGGCCGGUGUGUGUUGGCAGGAAGUGGACUGCAUCCUGCUGCUGAAGGUCACUUCUGAGGCGGUACCGCAGUCCAGUGGCACGACGUGUCACCCUGGCGACUUGGCUCGACUUCCUGGAUUGUGUCGCCGCCUGAGGAGACGCCGCCUCAGCUACCUGUGUCACAAGAGGCAGUUCUGCUGGGGGGGGCGGAGCCAGGGGCAGGAGUCUGGUCAGGUGUGCCGAUGUCCACGAGGUUCCAGGUGCUCACGUGUCUUCAUCCAUAGCCUGUGAUUGCCAUCUUGCCACGUUUCCAAAAUACAACUCAUGUAUGUAUUCAACAUAUGAUGACGAUGACGAUGACGAUGAUUUGCACAAAAGACCAUUUCGUUAGGAACACUCAAUCAGUAGCAGCUCUUGGCGUCAUCAACUCGACGCAAAUGAAUCCUUUGAAAUAGUUUGGCCGUUGAAGCCGUGGACGUAGACGCCUCAUCGAUCUCUGAGCCGUACGUUUAAUACGCACUAAUAUAUUUGGGAAACAGUUAGGUGUAACGAGUUUAAAGCAUUGUUAAUUUCAGCAAAACACUUAGAGUAUUAUUGUUAUGUUGUAUGUAUAAAUAUGUUAAUGUACUGGUUUUGUGUGGUGCGAGUGUUGCGUCAGUGUGUGCUGGAGCGUGGUGACGUCAUCACGUCACGGUGCGUGUGCGCUCUCGUCUGUUUCUGGCAUGGACGAGGUGAGACGUAAAAUGUGCUCUUUCCCCGAGAGUUGUGUGAAGUGUGUGUGAGAAGUUUGUGUACUGUGUCGUCGCAGACUGUGCUGUGUUGUGUGUGUAGUAUCAUGGAUGUCGAGUGAGAGUUUUUGCCGUUUGUUUCGUGUUCUUUGGAACUUUAGUUGCUGACAAGGUGGAGGCGAGCUUUGCUAGCACAGGUCGGCUAGCACAGGUCGGCUAGCGGCCGUCUUUUCAUGCCCGCACAUGUGCAAUCCAUUUAGUAUCUCCCUUUUGAUUCCCAGGGGAACCAGGGAAUGCAUGGAGGAGCACACAGCUCACUCAUUGUAUGUUUCGCACA